UGCGCUCGAGUCCAGUCAGAGCGCGCGCACGCAGCUCUCGUGGCGACAGAGAGAAGAGAGAGAGAGGGAGACGUGUGAUUUCUCUUUGUACUGAAUGAAGAGUUGAGGCCGGCGCUGCUACUGCUGCCCUCUCUUUUUUAUAGGCAGAGUUUGCAUGCUGUAAAUAGCACAAUAAGCCGGUUACACUUAACGUUUCAUCGUGCCGUCGGUUCCCUUGGUUGUAAGGAAGCGGCCACCCACUGCCAAUGAUCCUUUGAGCGAAUUUGGACAACAAAAGCAUCAGGUCUUAGGUUGUUUCUUCGGGGGCUUUCAAGUCACACAUUUAUCAGUCGGGAUUUUUCAGUGCGGAAUAACGAACAGCCGCACUUCCACAGACCGCAUCGCUUCUUUUCCCGUCGCCCCUUUCACACUUCCACACCUACGGGGGCGAGAAUUUUUCCCAAACGGAGCGACCAUGGCUGCAGUAACAAGCCCGGAGACGAGCCCUCAACCCCGGGUAUAUUUCCAGACGCCGGCCGGCACCACAGAAGAACCGGAGACACCCGUUCGAAAGCAAGGGCGAGUAACCGUCAAAUACGACCGUAAGGAGCUGAGGAAGAGACUGAACCUGGAGGAGUGGAUUAUCGACCAGCUAACGGACCUCUACGACUGUGAGGAGGAGGCCAUUCCAGAGCUCGAGAUAGAUGUGGACGAGCUGCUCGAUAUGCCCAGUGACGUUGAACGGGCAGCCAGGGUCAAGGACCUUCUGGUUGACUGUUUUAAACCUACUGAGGACUUCAUCUCAGAGCUGCUCGACAAGAUCCGAGGGAUGCAGAAGCUCUCCACGCCUCAGAAGAAAUGAUGGCAUCCCUCUUCUUCCUCUUCCUCGUUCUUCUCCUUCCCUACAUCUCCUCCAACUCAGCCCUCGCCUCCUGUCUUCCUGCCGCACUUUCCAUGCUUUUAUUUUGAAGUCGGUUUCAGUUGUUCUUCUUUUUAAACUUCUUUCUUCUUCUCUUUUCUUUCAUCUUUCUCUUGUUGCCUGGAUUCAGCCCUAUUAAUUGCUUUUAAUAUGAAGUUUUAGUGGACUUUGUGUCAUUUUUUUCUUGACUUCCUUCUAAAAAAAUUCUGUCAGAUGAGGAAAAAGCAAAGAAUGCAAAAUAACCAGGUGCGAAUAUUCACAAGCGAUUUAUUGGUCUCAAUCCAGGCACUUUUCUGUUUCACUCCUGCUCCUCCUUGACUCUUUGUUUGGCUUUACUCUUCUUCCUCGUCCGGCUCUUCUUCUUCCUCCCACCCUGCUGCGUACCGCCCUCCAUCUGUUUGAGGAGAAAGGCAAGAGGAGAUGAGGCCUGUAAUUAUUGAAAGUGGAGCGACCCAGACUGGGAAGAGGAACAACAGCGUGAAACGGCCAAGAAAAGAGCGAAGGGGGAAGCAGCCAAUCAGGAGCUUAAUCAUUGUGAAUAUCUCAACCAAUGAGGCUCCUUUUUUAUUUAACUUGUACAUGAGCUAGCUACCUACCUGGAUUCUUUUGAUAUUUUCUCAUCAGUUUGAGGGCACCAGGACAUUGACUUGACUAGUUUUUUAUUGUCAACUUUUUGGGGGUCCAUAUAGUCUUUUCAGAUCAUUUCCCCCUGUAAUCAGAGGCAUUUGCUACAGUGGUGCAUUUACAGACUGUCUUUCCUUGUGUGUGUAUCUUUUGAAACUCUGCACUAUGUCAUUUUGGGAAGAAAAUCCGAAACCUCUGACCACAAAGAAUAAUGUAUGAUGUAUCUUUAGAGCAACGAGAGGAAAAGCUGAUCCCUUGAAAUAGUGGUUGAACCUUAAAAAGUCACUGGUUGGCUGUGGUGGUCAUACAGUCCUACUAAUUUUAGAAGUAAAAAUCUUCCUUUGAGGCUAGAGUAGAAGUAGGUUCUCUUAGGUCGGGUGUGCUGGAGUAGAAUUAAAUUUUGGGGGGAGAAAAAGCUAUUUUUCUUUCUUCAAAUGCGUGGUGCAGUCAUAAGAGAGGCUCCUCAAAAGCCACUGCUGUCCAGUCUGCACAUAAAUAUGUACGUCUGUGUGUUGCUAAAUGCUACGUACGUGUGUUGCUACAUAAUGUACAGCAACAUUUAUAAUAGGGGUGUUUUUUCUGGCCUGUAUAUUCUGCUGUUCUGUACGAAGACUUAGAUUUUUAGUAUAGGACUGGUUCCUUUAUUUAGUUUUGUUUUGUCACACACAUUGACAGUCCGACAGGGGGACCCUAACAAAGCUGCCUUGUUUUCUUUCUUUCUCUCUGUGUAUAACCUCCCUCCUCUUCUUAAUGUCUCUCCUUAAACCUUUGACAUUAUUCAGUCCACCACACUGGUUCAGCGUGGUCACACAUACAUGGAAACUCAAAUAUCUCCAAGGCUCAACGUUGGUGUGUUGCUGUCAGCAGACACACCAAUGAGACGUCUGAAUGAGAGGGUGGGAGGCUACUAUUUUGUACUGAAGCUGUCUAGAUGCGUUCAACCUUCUUUCUUCCCCUCUUGUAUCUCAUUCACAUCCAGGCCACCCAUAGGGCGGAUAAAAUGCAUUCACACAUACAGCUGCUUCAUACACAAACAUACAAGGCACUGAGCGAAAGAGAAGUCCAUUGCCAUCACAUCAUUUGUGUUUCCUGCUGCAGCUGCCAAUCAUCUCCAAGAAUAAGCCAUCUGUUUCCUUCCCUGAGCCAAUCAGGUUGGAGACAGAAGCCCACCAGCCAACCGGUGAAGCAGCAACGUUUGCUGCGAUUCCUUUGGCCAGGAGCUGACACCUGCGGUGACGGCAGACCUCCACCAUCCGUCUCUUUCUCUCAACACACAGACACAUACACACGCUCGCUCACUGCCCCUUUUUCAUCUUGCUGCUCCGUCAUUUCUCCCUGGCAUCCCCCCUUCUCUCUCUCUCUCUCUCUCUGUCUCUUCCCCCCCUGCUCAUCCCACCCAUUUUCAUCCUCAUGUCAACCUUCCCCUCUCCCUUCUCCAUUUUCCUUUCCUUUUUUUAAGAAAAAAAACAGAUGUUGCCUUAGGUAUUAUUUAUGUUACACAAACCAAAUAAACGUGAGACAUUCAUUUUUAAAAAGGUAACACAGACUGCUAAAAUGUGUGUUACUGAGCAGAACUGCGGCGUCUUCUGUCGCUCCUUUUUUUGGUUUUGGAAAACAAACUGAGAUUCUUUUUUUUUUUUGUAGAAGUGAGUGUUUAAUACUUAGGCCUUGAUACGGUGAUUUUGUUUAGAUAAGACAAUGUUCUUUACAUUUACCAUUUGAAUACUGGUCUGUUUUUAUUGUGAUCAUGACACUUCUCAAUGCCAGGCCUUGGAUUCACAUGUAGUUGAACAGAAAUCCAUUCAGAUACAUUUUGGUGCGAUUGCUUUUGCCUUUUUGGUGUGGUUUCCAAAUCAAGCCUGGUCUGCAUUUUUUGGAGACGGUCUGGUCGUUGGGUUUGUUGGCAAGCUCAAUCAGUUGCUGCAUUUGAGUGGAUUUUGAUUUCUAAAUCCAGGUUUGGAUUAAACCUUCUUAGACUGUUAUUGAGAAGUCUGUUUUUUUACUGUUGGGGAAAAUUGCAAAAAAAUAUAUUUACUGAUUAUCAUCAUUGAGGCUAAAUACAAGAGCUAAACUGAAUGGAUUGGAAGAAUGUAGGUGAUUUUUGGACAAGGAUUAGAUCAAACCAACAAACAAAUGUAGCAAUAUCAACAACAGGUCUUGUUUUUGCCCAAUUUUGUUACACUUUUAUGCAACUUUAAUAAAAACAUGUAAAAUGGA